AUGGUCAAGCCUCAUCGUCUCAGCGUGAUCUCACCGGCCACAAAGCUGCCCUUUCCAGGCGAGCCUGAUUCCCCUUCGACGCAGGCGGACGCUGCAGCCACCAAGCCGAAGCCGCACCAGAAGCCAUCCUCCAAGACGUUCCUGGACCACAUUCGUUUGAGGACGCUCAGUAACAGCAAGAAGGAUGGCAAGUCCAGCUCUGCACCAUCCACACCUGUGAGUCGUUUGCAAGUGUGCCACGCUUUGGCACCCGAGCGACAUCCUGUCUGACCAUGAUGUCCUGACUUGUCAGCGCCCCGGAGAUGAAGCCAAUGGCGCGCAGUCUCUCGAUCUGGCUGUGGCCAAGUUGAGCCUCAGCUCGGAGGUCACGCCAGAUGGCCUGUCAAAGAAAGAAGCCGGCAAGGAAGGCGAGGUGAAGCGCCAGAUGACGCCAGCUGCCGAAUCCAAGCAGGCCGACGCACAAAUCCCGACAGAGCUCGGCAGUCGCGUCGUGAGUAGCUGUGGUCAACGCCUUCUCCUUCGCCUACGUCUCCUGACCAGCUGCGCUCUGGCCACUGUCCUUGCAGUACAUCUUCUCUCCCGAUCAGUCGAUGUCCGAAAUUCAAGCCCAGGUGGAUGAGGUGUUCAGCGCCCAGGAGACCAAUCAAUUUGGCUCAGACCGCUUCGCUCUCCUCUUCAUGCCCGGCAAAUAUCAGCUGUACGUCCUCGGAUCACUUGCGCGCGCUCAUCACACCGCCCGAUCACUGAUGUUCCUCGCCGCACUUACGCACAGCGAUGUCAAGAUCGGCUAUUACACCACUGUACACGGUCUGGGUCGCUCUCCGGAAGAUACCAUCGUCGAAGGCGCUGUUCGGGUCAAAGCCGACUGGAUGGAGAACAACAAUGCCACCUUGAACUUUUGGAGAGGCGCCGAGAAUCUCACAGUCAUUCCGACCAUCGAAGAGGAUCAAAAGAUCCUAGUGUGGGCUGUGUCGCAGGGUGCGCCGCCCAACUCGCUAUUUACGUGCUGUCACCCUGCUUGUUCUGACGUGGUCAUCUGCUUGUUCAUCUUUCGCAGCCACCUUCUUCCGUCGCAUCAGCGUCCAGGGCAAUGUGGUCCUUUCUGACCAUGGUGGCUGGUCCAGCGGAGGCUUCAUCGCCGAUUGCAAAGUCUCGGGUAACAUCGACAAUGGCACACAGCAGCAGUUCAUCACUCGUAACACCAGCAUGGGAAGCUGGACAGGCGGGUCUUACGCUCAAGUCUUUGUUGGAGAUGAAGGCGCUCCACCGGAAGACUGGCCCGCCAAGCCCUUCUCCACAAUCAAGCGCACUCCUGUGCUGCGCGAGAAGCCGUAUCCCAUCGUCAACGAAAAGGGCAUCCUGCAGAUUGUCGUGCCGCAACUCAAGCUCAGCAGCGUUGGACCUAGCUGGGUCGAGUCGCAGGACGCCGGAUGCGAUUCUCCUCCUGCUGAUGUGGUGCUCGAACUCUCUAGCUUCUACAUCGCCUCCCCGCUCAAGGACACGGCCUCGACCAUCAACGCUGCUCUGGACUCUGGCAAGUCGAUCGUCUUCGGUCCUGGCGUAUAUCCGCUCGACCAAGCGCUUGCUGUCACGCAGCCAAACACCAUUCUGCUUGGCAUCGGACUUGCGACCCUCAGACCCGAAAAUGGCACGGCCGCUGUGACUAUAGCUGAUGUCGAUGGCGUGACAGUGUCUGGAUUGCUGCUGGACGCUGGCUUCCGCAACUCUGCCAACCUCAUCACGGUAGGCGACGCCAAAUCCGCCGUUUGCCACUCGCACAACCCGAUCGUGCUUCACGACAUUUUCUGCCGCGUCGGCGGUGCUGGCUUGGGCCGCGCGACAACCUGCAUGACCAUCAAUGCUCGCGACACGAUCGUCGACAACACCUGGAUUUGGCGAGCUGAUCACGGUGAAGGUGUCGGUUGGUACGAUAAUCAGGCUGCCGUUGGUCUGCUCGUCGAAGCAGAUGAUGUCACCAUCUACGGGCUCUUUGUUGAACACUUUCAGCAGUACCAAACGGUUUGGAACGGUGAACGUGGACAGGUGUUCUUCUACCAGGUGAGCAGCCUUUUCGCUGCAAGAGCGUGCAUUCGUGAUCACUAAGCCAAAAUCUGCUUGUUACUGUGCUCAGAGCGAAUUUCCAUACGACCCGCCCAACAACGCUGUCUGGUCCCAUUCGCGCGUUCCGGGCUAUGCAUCCUACAAAGUUGCUCCCAGUGUCAAAUCCCACUUCGCUACUGGGCUGGGUAUCUACGCCGUCUUCGUCAACGGCGGCGAGGGUGUGGUCAGCUAUACCGCAGUCGAGCAGCCGGUCUCUGAUGAGGCUUAUGCCAUCAAGGUGGUCCUUGUGCGACACGUCUCCAUCGUGCGCUUUGCUGGAAAAGCCGGAACGGGAGUCAAUCACGUCAUCAACGGCCUUGGCAAGGGCAUCGGCGACAACAACCGUCUGUCUAUGCUCAAGGAUGCCUACUCUGGCGAUGAUCAGACCUCGCCUGGCCUGCAAAAGGCUGCUAGCAAAGUGGCUGCAAAGCGCAAAUAG